ACAGGGGAGAAACCAUACCAAUGCAGGGAAUGUGGGGAGAGUUUCAGGUGGAGCCAUCACCUCACUUAGCAUAAAAGGAUCCACACAGGGGAGAAACUGUAUCAAUGCUUGGUCUGUGGAAAGAGUCUUAAUAGUAACAGUUCUCUUACUUCUCAUGGAAGGAUCCAUACAGGGGAGAGACCAUAUAUAUGUAUGGAUUGUGGAAAGAACUUUUCUAAUAAUUCAUCUCUUAGUAGACAUAAACAUAUCCAUACAGGUGAAAAAUCAUAUAAAUGCACGGAGUGUGGAAAGAGCUUUAGUAGUAAUAGUUCUCUUACUUCCCAUCAAAGUAUCCACACCGGGGAGAAACUAUACAAAUGUAUGGAAUGUGGAAAGAGUUUUAGUAAUAACAGUUCCCUUACUUCUCAUAAAAGGAUCCACACAGGGGAGAGACCAUAUAAAUGCAUCAAGUGUGGAAAGAGUUUCAGGAGUAACAGUUCUCUUUCUUCACAUCGAAGGAUCCACAAAGGGGAGAAACCAUAUAAAUGUAUGGAGUGUGGUGAGAGCUUCAGAUGGAACAAUCAACUAACUCUUCAUAAAAGUUGCCAUACAGGGGAGAGGCCAUAUAAACGUGUGGCAUGUGGGAAGUGUUUCAGGACAAGUGGUGAACAUACUUCCCGUAAAAGAAGCCACACAGGGGAGAAGCCAUAUAAAUGCUUUGAGUGUGGAGAGAGCUUCAGAAGGAGCCAUCAGCUUAGUUCACACGCAAGGAUCCACUCAAGUGAGCAUCCAUAGAAAGACUAAAUUUAUUUGGUUUACUCCUUGUGUA